UUAUUAUUAUUAUUAUUAUUAUAUUAUUCAACAGAGUUCAAUUUUUAUCUUUGUUCUCCGCAGUGGCGCGCAAGGCAAGCUUUCUUGGCGCGUGCUGUGCAGCGAGUCAGGGGCUAACAGAAUGAUCAAAGAGAACCUUUCAAGAGCUGACGGACGGCUUGCGGGCGAGAACAAGCCACAGCGUGAAUCACGGAAGCAAGAAACGAUCUUUUGAGUUAACAGUGACAAAGCCACACGAAGUUAUUUGGUGUCAAAUAUGGAAGAGCUUUUUUUUUUUUUUUUUUUUUGGGGGGGGGGGAGGAGGAACAAAACCGAAGUGCUGUCACUUCGGUGUCACAGAAUGAGACCAGGCAUAGUACAUUAAUUCUCUCGUCAGUCGAAGAUACCAAUCAGCAAGAAGAAGACAGAUUAAUUAUUGGAGUAUCUUAACCAUUGAGCUUCCAUCAUGAGCUACCCGCGCAAGCGUGCAUUACUUGCAUGCGACUUUUGUCGCCAAAGAAAGCGUCGCUGCGAUGCCUCGAAGCCUGUAUGUGGCAACUGUUCAGAGGCAGAAGCAGAAUGCCGAUACCAGGAGAUUCCGAUUCAGUCCCUGGAAUCUUCGACGACCUCCUCAGCAAUAUCAAGAAGGCUUGACAGCAUAGAAACGCUACUCAAGUCCCACUCAGAAGCAAUCGCAGCGAUUUCCCAGCAGCAAGUUUUAGAGACUCUCUGUUCCCCGCAGGAGAUCCUGGAUGCCCAGGCGGUGCCGACAGAUGCAGUAACCAUCGAACAGCCACCGGUUCUCGAUCCAUCCUGCGUUGAUGGACUCAACCUGACAUCUCCAUUAAAUGACAACACUCAAUCUUCCUCACCGUCGAUGGCGGCUGUCAGCCCUGAAUUCACGGCCCAGUUGGAGGGGAGCAUCGAACUACUGGCCCCCUUCACCAUCCCGCCGAAACACUGGACGUCGUCGUCGUCGUCGUCGUCGUUAUCAUCAUCGGUAAAUAACCUGCUUAAAUUACCAAUUAUCAAAUCCGUGGUGGGAGAAUUUCCCGAUGAUUAUUUCUUUUCGAUUGAAUCGCGGCAAGUUACCCCCGCGCUGGGCGGCUCCUGGAUGUCCUCCCAGGUGGAGCUGCCAGACAUUGAAAAUGAUGUUACAGACCGGUUGGUGGAUACAUUCUUCUCUGAGGUCCAUCCAUGCCAUCCAAUUCUAGCUCGCGACGAAUUUUGCACAAUGUAUGCAAACGUCAUGUCGGACGGGUUGGGGUUUAACUUGCAGUCGGCAUUCUGUCUCGUCGUUUUUGCAUUGGGUGAUGUUGCAUCUGAGUCCGAAGGGGUUGAUCCGCGGGUUCAAUAUUGGGAGCCGGCUCUGAAAUACUUCAGGCCUGCUUUAAGCAUUCUGAUGGCUGAGUCUGCCUUUUCGUUUGGGUCGGACUUGCUGCUCCCCCAGGCAUUGAUAUUCGGCGGGAUUUGUUUUGCUUAUUUGGGAAAACCGUUGCAUAGCUGGAAACUUAUUUUCAUGGCAUCUACGGAGGUACAGUUGUUGCUAUCACGCAGUAAGUAUGCUGAUGCUGAUGAAUCCUACAAGGAGCGGAUAUCAGAGACAUGCUGGAGUUGUUUCCUUAUAGAAUGUGAUUACCUUUCCGAGCUCAAUCUUCCACCAAGUGGAAUCCAAACGGUGGUCGACGACAUGGCGCUUCCUAAAGCCGGCAACCCAAGUGAUCGAGAAGGAUUAAGCUACCUGGCAGAAAUAUCCAUGAGAAGCCUCCUGAACCGAGUGCUUAGUCCUCUCUCGCUCUCCAGCGAUUUCGAAAGCGGCUGGUUAAGUGACGAGUCAGAAGUACCCCAAGCCCUCACAAUCACGUCAGAACUUGAUCAGCAACUCUUACUAUGGUACAACUCCAUCCCGGAAUCGAUCAAACCAACGCUGGGCCUAGGGCCCACUGCGCAUCCCUACGAGAGGAUUUUGAGAAUCCGCUAUUACCAAGCGCGAUACAUCAUCCAUCGUCGAUUUGUUCUGUAUUCCGUUUCGCUACCUGAAGAGCGAGAGCCGUCUCAGGAAAUUUUGAAGAAGGCACAGGUGUGUAUUGACAGCUGCAGACUGUAUUUGCAGAACACUGGGGAGAUCUUGAAGAAGCCGUCGCAGUAUACUUGGACAGUGGCACAGUCGUCACUUGCCGCCGCUCUGCUCUUGACGGCCGCUUCGCUUUCGCGGCAUUUACAACACGUAGUUCCGGAUAUCCUACCGCUGCAGCAGUUGCUCAUUGAUAACAUUGCAGGGUGGGCUGCGCCGGAAUCAAGCUUUGAGUCCCUAUUAUGUAUUAUUGGUGAUAUAGUCCGGAAGCAGCAGUUUCAUUGAAAAUUUUAGAGGUUGUCCGAGGAGGGUAGGUAUUGCUGCUGUUCUUCGCGUUGGUUGGGGCCGUGCUCGCAAUUUUCUACGUAUAGCAAAGUAAGUAUCAUUGGUCUUCUUCUUCAUAUAUGCAGCAUGGUAUGUUGGCUACCGUUAUCUUCCCUUCUCCAGUUGAGAGCCACAUGGCGCACGACGAUCCCCGUUUCGCUCCCGGAGAAAUGAAGUUCCAGCUACGGCGAAUCUGGGGAAACGCAUAAAAAAUACAAAUAAAAACUAGGACUCAGUGGCAGGAGGAAAGGAGCUUUCUUCACAUCACCCUAUUGUUCGUACACUGCUUGAUCAACGUCUUUCAUGCGAGAUACCGAGUACAGGUGGGAUAGGAUAUUUAUGCAAGCCUUGGCGCAUUCUAGCUGGUUAGCAGUCACUGGAAGUCAUUGGGCGGUUGUUUGUUGAAUUCAUUGAUACAUGUAACUAUGUAUGUAUGAAAGUAUGUACAGUACAUUGAUAAAUUGGCCAAUUGAAUAUUGUAUCAGCCGCUUUCCACCGCUGACUGUUGACUGCGGAUUGUAACUAGAACAUUAACUAUUGACUGGUAACUAACUAGAUAUGUUAAAUAUGC